AUGGAUGAGUUGGCUAGAAUUAGAAGAGAAAAACACAAUCAAUAUUUACAAAAAAAAGAGGAAGAGGCUCAAUUUGUAGUAUUACAACCACCUACACCACCACCAGUUGUAGAACAAGAUGAACAAUUCCCACAAGAAGAAAUAGAGAAUGAUACAAACAUAACCACUACCACCACUACCACCACUACUACAGAUAAUCAAAUAGAACAAGAUAUUGAUGUUGAGAAUGAACAACAAGAAAUUAAUGGUGGCGAGGAUGAGGACGAGGAUGAUGAAAUUCUUCAACCUAAUGGUUUCCAUCACGCACACCCAAUUGGGAAUAUGCCUAUAUAUAAUAAUAAUAAUAUGAAUCAUCAAAUUGGUUUUACAGGUUCACAUCACUUUGGAAUUGGUUAUAAUAUUUCGCAUGUACAUGGAUACCAACCAUUUGGAGGAUCAGGUCAACAAUUAACAGGUAAUGGAAUAUAUAAUACAAAUGAUGUUUUUUCACAGGGCUAUGAAGGAAAUCCAUUUAAUUUAGAAACAGAACAUCCUGAACCUCAAGAACCUUCAUCGUCAGAAGAAAAAAGAGCUACAUUCUUAUCAUCGAUCGAACAUAGAUACGAUAAAUCACCAGAUUUCGUCGAAGAAAAUAUGAAGAGAGAUUCAAAGAAAAAAGAAUUUAGAAUUCCAUUAGAAAAUUUCAAAUCUUUAGUUCAUUUAUGUCUUUAUAAAAUGUCAUUGGAUUUAACCCCAUUCCAAUCGAAACUAAAGCUAUUAUCUGGUGAUCUUAUCCGCCAUCUAAUUGAAGUUAUGGCCAAAAACAAUCGUCUUACUAGAACUAAAUUAAAUCAAAUUCUUUCAAGUGGUGUCAGAGUUUUUAAAUUAGAUUUAAGCAACCAAUCACUAAUUGUAAACAAUGACUUUUUACAUAAUUGCUUUAGAUAUCUUGUUGAAGUUCAAGAUGUUAACUUUUCAAAUUGUAUAAACAUGACAGAUUAUGGUCUAGAAGUUUUUAAAAAUGAAAAAUUCCAUAGAAAUUUAAGAGUUUUAGAUUUAAGACAUAAUAGAAAUCUUACUGAUGUUGGUUGUAAAAAUUUAAAGAAUUUAGUUAACCUCGAAGAAUUAUACCUUGGCAGCACAUCAAUUAGUGAUUUAGGUGUUGCAUUCUUAAAACAAUUAGUAAAUUUAAAAACAUUAGAUGUAUCAAGAUGUAAAAUAACAGAUAAUGCAAUGGUUACAAUUUCUUUAUUUUCAAAACUUACUUUAUUAAAUUUAAGUGAAACUCAAAUUACCGAUGUUGCAAUAUCAAAUAUUCAUCAAAUAUUAACAAAUAUUCAAUAUUUAUAUCUUUCAAACUGUCAAAAAUUAACAAACAAAUCUUUAUUCUUUUUAACAUAUUUUUCGAAAAUGAGAUUAUUAAGUAUUACUGGCACACAAAUUAGUUUAAAUGGAUUUGUACAUUUAAAAAGAUUACCAAAUUUAUUAUAUUUAGAAUUACCAAAUAGAUAUUGCCUCAAUGACCAAACAAUUGUAUAUUUAAAUAGCUUAACAAAAUUAAAGAAAUUAGAUUUAACAGACUAUACCUAUAUUACAAGUAUUGAACCAUUAGAUAAUUUGAAAUACUUGGAGGAACUUUUAUUAGCAAAUACAAGAGUAGGUGAUUCAUCAGUUCCAGCAAUCAAAAAAAUGAAAAGUUUGGAAGUAUUAUCUUUGGAUAGAACCGAUAUAACAAGUGCAGGUGUAGCAGGAUUGGUAGAUUUGAAUUUAAAGUCACUUUCACUUAUGAAAACCAAAAUCGACGAUGACUCUAUAAAUUAUUUAUCGGAAAUUAAAUCACUUAGACAAUUAAAUAUUUCACACAAUAACAUCACCCAUAAAAAUAUAGAAAAACUCAAAGAUAUAACCAAUCUCAACUCUUUAGAUUUAAGAGGUACUGAUACUUUAAGAUCACUUUAUAUGUUUGAUAGUAUCUUAAAAGUACCAUUAAAAAAGGUUUUAGAAAUUAUAAAUAAUGAACAAAAUCAAAAUAAUAACAACUUUUUAAAUUUUGGUCUAAAUGACGAAGAGGAAUAA